GUUAACAAAAAGAUUAACCGAUGAUUAUCAACUGGUUUGUAAAAGUUUAGGAGAAGAAUAUCAGAAUAUCAUUGAUACUGCCUUAACCGUCCCUACUAACACUGCAGAACUGAUGAAACUAAUUCAAUAUGUUCAUAAUGUAGAAAAUGUCGUUUUAACUGAAAUGGAAGAUCGUUUGAGAGACGUUAUGAAGUAUGUGGUGUAUCUUUCAGAUCACACUGUAUGCACUCCAGUUGAGAUGAAACAAAACAACAAUACUUUUUGGUUCUAUUUGAGAAUUGUGCGAACUUUAGAUGAUUACAAUGAAAUAGUCGAUACCAAAAUUCUAGAGUUCCAAGGAGCUUUGCAAGCGAAGAUUGACAAAUUCAUUCAGAACUUGGAUAUUUAUGGAAACAUGGUCAGUGAAUUGCAAUAUAAUGGAGAUAUCGAGUUGCUUCCAAAAUAUCACAAGAAGGCGACGCAAUUAGAUAACAGAUUAAUCGCAGCGAUGGAGAAGAUAGAUAUAAUAAAUGAAGAAGAAGCUGCGUACAAAUUUGAACUCUCACAAUAUCCGCAAAGGAAAAUAGUUCAUGACAAAUUGCGACCAUACAAACUGCUUUAUGAUAAUGCAAUGGAAUAUCUGAGAAAACACAGUUUGUGGAUGAAUUCGAAAAUCGGUUCAUUCGAUCCGGAAGACGUCGACACGGAAACUAGUCAAUUUUACAGAUCAAUAUAUAAAUUAGAAAAAGUUUUUGCCGACAGACCUCUAACCGAGCAGCUAGCAAAUACGGUUCGAAUUCAAAUAGAACGUUUCAAGGAAUUUUUGCCUAUCAUACAAACACUUGGAAAUCCUGGAAUGAAAGAAAGACAUUGGGAAAACAUAUCGGAAAUCAUUGGAUUCCCUAUAGUGGUUGACGAUGAUUUAACAUUGGGAAAGAUAUUGGAUUAUGGUUUGGAAGAGUAUUUGGAUAAAUUUGAAGCCGUUUCUGAAGCGGCCACCAAAGAAAAUAAUUUGGAGAGGAAUUUGAUUAAGAUGGUCAAGGAAUGGCAAGACGUUGAAUUCUCUGUUUUGAUUUACAGGGAUACUGGAACAUUUAUUAUUUCUGCAAUAGACGAAAUACAAUUACUUUUGGAUGAUCAUAUUGUUAAAACGCAAACCAUGAAGAAUUCACCAUAUAUUAAGCCAUUUGAAGAAGAAAUACUCGCAUGGCAAGCUAAAUUAGAAUUACUUCAAGAAAUUAUGGAUGAUUGGUUGAAAGUGCAAGGCACUUGGAUGUAUUUGGAACCGAUCUUUUCAUCUCCUGAUAUCCAACAGCAAAUGCCAGAGGAAGGACGAAGAUUUACUGCCGUUGACAAGAUUUGGAGAGAGAUAAUGGGAAUAGUAUAUGAAUUUCCAAGAGUUAUGGACGUUGUUUGCAUUGAUAAAAUGUCUGAGCAGCUGAAAAAGUGCAACAACUUAUUGGACAUGAUUCAAAAAGGUCUCAACGAUUAUUUGGAAAAGAAACGUUUAUAUUUUCCUCGAUUCUUCUUCUUGUCGAAUGACGAACUUUUGGAAAUCCUUUCCGAAACUAAAGAUCCCACAAGAGUGCAGCCUCAUCUUAAAAAAUGUUUCGAGGGAAUUGCUAGACUUGAAUUUACAGAGGAACUGGAUGUUACAAUGAUGAAAUCUAGCGAAGGGGAGGAAGUUUUAUUAGAAGAUGUUAUUCAUACGGUGUUAGCGAGAGGUCAAGUAGAAAAGUGGCUUUUAGAACUCGAGACCGAUAUGUUGAAAUCCGUCCAUAAGACAGUUCAGCAAGCGAUUGAUGAUUAUCCGCAAAGGCCGAGAGAUCGAUGGGUUUUAAUUUGGCCAGGGCAGACGAUACAAGCUGUAGCUUGCACCUUCUGGACCUCUGAAGUACAUGCUGCUAUACAAGUGAGCGUUGAUGCCAUGAAACAUUAUUUAAAAAAAUGUAACAAGCAAAUCUCCAAAGUUGUUGAUCUUGUCCGUGGAAAUUUAAGUUCACAGAAUCGAAUAACAUUAGGAGCACUCGUUGUGUUGGAUGUACAUGCAAGAGAUGUACUUAUCGAAUUAAUAGGUUUGAAAGUGGGAAACACGAACGAUUUCCAAUGGCUUAGUCAGAUUCGAUAUUAUUGGGAGCAUAAUGAGUUAAUCACAUCCAUGAUAAAUUCAACGUUGAAAUAUGGUUACGAGUAUUUGGGAAACAUUGCUAGAUUAGUUAUUACACCGCUAACAGAUCGAUGCUUUCGAACACUAUUUGGUGCACUUCAUUUGCAUUUAGGAGGAGCACCGGAAGGCCCUGCUGGAACUGGAAAAACUGAAACAACGAAAGAUUUAGCAAAGGCUGUUGCGAAACAAUGCGUCGUAUUCAAUUGUUCAGAUGGACUGGACUACAUUGCUCUGGGGAAAUUCUUUAAAGGUUUAGCUUCAUGCGGAGCUUGGUCGUGUUUCGAUGAGUUUAACCGAAUCGACUUGGAAGUCUUAUCUGUUGUUGCUCAACAAAUUCUUACUAUACAAAGAGGCAUAAAUUCAGGAAACAAGACUUUAAUAUUUGAAGGCACCGAGUUAAGUUUAGAUCCAAGUUGUGCCGUUUUCAUUACCAUGAAUCCCGGUUAUGCUGGUAGAUCAGAAUUACCGGAUAAUCUUAAAGCGCUAUUUAGGUCAGUGGCAAUGAUGGUACCGGAUUAUGCUUUAAUUUCAGAGAUUGAGUUAUAUUCGUAUGGAUUUUUGGAUGCUAAACCAAUGGCCGUGAAAAUAGUAGCAACAUAUAGAUUAUGCUCUGAACAGUUAUCAUCACAGUGCCAUUACGACUAUGGUAUGAGAGCAGUAAAAUCUGUAUUAAGAGCUGCAGGUACGCUAAAGUUGCGUUAUCCUAAAGAAAAAGAGGACAUUUUAAUAUUAAGAUCUAUCAAAGAUGUUAAUUUGGCGAAAUUUCUUGUCCACGACGUGCCACUCUUUCAGGGUAUUACUUCGGAUUUGUUUCCUGGUGUCAAUUUGCCAGAGCCCGAUUAUGUAAUAUUAAAUAAAGCCAUUCAAGAUACAUGCGACGAACAAAAUUUACAAAACACUGAUUUCUUUUUGGAAAAAGUCCAACAGUUGUAUGAAAUGAUUAUAGUCAGACAUGGAUUAAUGUUGGUGGGAUUACCGUUUGGUGGUAAAACUUGCAGUUAUAGAGUUUUAGCAGAUGCACUAGGAUUGGUACAAGAAAGAGGUGGAAUGAAUGAACAUAAAGCUAUAUAUACUGUGAUGAAUCCAAAAUCAAUUACGAUGGGUCAAUUGUACGGCCAAUUUGAUCCAGUUUCACACGAAUGGUCAGAUGGAGUUCUGGCUGUUAGCUACAGACAAUUUGCAAUGUCGACAACAGAUGAAAGAAAAUGGUUAAUUUUUGAUGGUCCCGUCGAUGCUAUUUGGAUUGAAAAUAUGAACACCGUGUUAGACGAUAAUAAAAAACUGUGUUUGAUGUCUGGAGAAAUCAUACAAUUAGCUCCAACGACUAAUUUAAUAUUUGAACCUAUGGAUUUAGAAGUUGCUUCUCCAGCUACCGUUUCGAGAUGUGGUAUGAUAUAUUUAGAACCGUUGUCUUUAGGUUGGGAGCCUUUAUUAAAGUCUUGGAUUAAUGCAUUGCCUCCGGCUUUGGAAGAUUUUCAAAAUUUAGUUUAUAACUUAUUUAUAAGAUUUAUUGGUCCAAUUUUAUGGUUAAUUAGACAAGGCGGUGUUUCUGAAAUGGCUACGACGUCGGAUUCAAAUUUAUUACAAAGCACUAUGAAUCUAUUUGAUUGUUUUAUGGAUGAUUUUUAUGAUGAGAAAUUUAUGGAGAAUACAAAUGAUCUGGACACGAGAGCUCAACUCGAAGGCUCCUUUUUCUUUUCGUGCAUCUGGGGAAUGGGAGCAACUUUGUAUGCCGAAAGUAGACACAAAUUCAAUGCACUAUUCCGUGGAUUGUUGGACAGGGAUUUUCCCAAGUCAACUAUUGAAAAUUUGAAAAUUCCUUUUGAUAUACCAAAACCGGAAAAACCGUAUAUAUUCACGAUUCCAGUUGGUGAAACUGUUUUCGAUUAUAGAUAUAUUAAAGAGGGUAAAGGUAAAUGGAAAUUAUGGUCUGAUGAACUCAUGUCUAUGCCACCUAUUCCCAGAGAUAUUCCCGUUAAUCAAAUUAUUGUUCCAACUAUUGAAACAAUUAGGAAUAUCGCUGUAAUGCAAUUGCUUGUUCUACAUCAAAAAGCUCUAAUGUUCAUUGGACCAACUGGCACAGGGAAAUCCGUUUAUGUUUACGAUUUUUUACUGAAAAAGAAUGAUAAUAAUAUUUACAAGCCAAUGUUUUUAAAUUUUUCCGCUCAAACUUCGGCGAAUCAGACCCAGGAUAUUAUUAUGAGCAAACUGGAUAAACGGCGCAAAGGUGUUUAUGGACCACCUGUUGGUAAAAAGAGCGUCAUAUUUGUUGAUGAUGUUAGUAUGCCAUUGAAAGAGACUUAUGGCGCACAACCGCCUAUUGAAUUGUUAAGACAGUGGUUUGAUCAUAAAAUUUGGUACGAUCGUAAAGAUAUUGUACCAAUGAGACUUAUUGACAUACAGUUCAUCUGCGCAAUGGGACCGCCGGGUGAUGGUCGUAAUACAGUCACACCUCGAUUUGCAAGGCAUUUUAAUCAUGUUUGUAUUGAUGAGUUUCAAGAUGAAGUAAUGGUUAUGGUCUUCAGUAAAAUAAUGCUGUGGCAUCUGGAUACUAGAGGAUUUUCCAAAGACUUUGAUCCAUGCAUAGAACAAAUUGUUUUAGCUACGUUAGAUAUAUACAAGCUGAGUCGUGUUAAUUUGCUACCCACUCCAGCUAAAUCACAUUACCUAUUUAACUUGCGUGAUUUUUCCAGAGUUAUUCAGGGCGUUUUAUUGUCUGUACCUGAGACAACUGAAGAUAUGGUAGCAAUUAAACGACUUUGGGUGCACGAAAUUUUAAGAGUUUAUUGCGACCGCUUGAUUGAUGAUACCGAUAAGUCUUGGUUGUUCAAUACUUUACAUGAAGUUUCCUUAAAUAGAUUGGACGAGAAUUUAAACAAAAUGUUCCAUAGGCUGAUGACAAAAACAUCUACUAGAAUUGGAGAAACUGAAUUAAGACAUCUGGUUUACUGCGACUUUGCUAAUCCAAAAGCAGAUCAGAGAUUCUACAUAGAAGUCUUAGAUUUAGAAUUUUUGAGGGAGAUAGUUGAAGGAUAUCUCAAAGAAUUUAAUAACAUGUCUAAAAAACCUAUGAAUCUGGUGCUAUUUCGAUUUGCUAUUGAACAUCUAUCGAAAAUCUGCAGAAUAGUAAAGCAGCCUAGAAAUCAUGCGUUAUUGGUCGGAGUCGGAGGUUCGGGAAGGCAAUCCUUAACACGUUUGGCCGCACAUAUCUCCGAAUAUGAGCUUUUCCAAGUAGAAUUAACACGACAAUAUGGUGCAUACGAGUGGCACGAAGAUAUUAAACUCAUUUUAAGAAAAGCUAGCGCUACGGAUCAGCAUGGAAUAUUCCUUUUUACAGAUACACAGAUCAAAGAAGAAUCGUUUUUGGAAGAUUUAAGUAAUUUGCUGAAUUCUGGAGAAAUACCCAAUUUGUUUCCGAUGGAAGAUCGCGUAGAAAUUUGUGAGAAGAUGAGACAAUUAGAUAGACAGCGGGAUAAAUCCAUGCAAACUGAUGGCAGUCCUGUGGCGUUAUUUAACUAUUUUGUUCAAAUAAUUAGGGAACAAUUACAUGUGACGUUAGCUAUGUCUCCAAUUGGAGAUAGUUUUAGGAACAGAAUUAGAAAAUUCCCAGCCAUUGUCAACUGCUGUACAAUAGAUUGGUUUCAGCCGUGGCCUGCGGAUGCUUUGCUAGCUGUUGCUACCAGAUUUCUUGAUGAAGUGGAUUUAACUACACAUGAAAGUAAGGUUUGCAUAGAUAUGUGUCAAAUAUUCCAUACGUCCACGGAAAGACUCUCCGAAGAAUUCUGCAAACGCUUACGAAGGAAAACGUAUGUGACUCCAACAUCAUAUUUGGAGUUAAUAAGUACUUUUAAGACAUUCCUCGACAAAAAGCGCAAUGAGGUUUUAACUGGAAAGAAGCGUUACGAGAUUGGUUUGGAAAAAUUGGAAAAUGCAGGAGCUGAAAUCUCAGUAAUGCAAGCUAGUUUAGAAGCGUUGCAGCCUGCUUUGGUAGCAGCUGCAGCGACUGUUGCUAAAACUUUGGGUGAGGUCGAGGUGGAAUCAGCAGAGGCGGCUAUUGUAGAGAAAAAUGUUAUGGUUGAUGAAGAACUGGCAAAUGAACAGGCUCAAGCUGCUCAAGCUAUUAAAGAAGAAUGUGAUGCAAAUUUAGCGGAGGCGCUUCCAAUUUUAGAAGCCGCGAUGGCAGCUUUAAAUACUUUAACUACAGCUGAUAUUGCUAUUAUAAAGACUAUGAAGAAUCCUCCGAAAGGUAUAAAAUUGGUUAUGGAAGCUAUUUGUAUAUUAAAGGACGUAAAAGCAGAUAAAGUCCCUGCUCCAAGUGGAAUUGGAACAGUGGAAGACUAUUGGGGACCAUCGAAAAAAGUAUUAAGUGAUAUCAGAUUCUUGGAAAGUCUAUUAAUGUUUGAUAAAGAUAAUAUACCACCAAAAAUAAUGCAAAAGUUAAACGAUAAGAUUUUGCACGAUGAAAAUUUUGAUCCGGAGAAGAUAAAAUAUGUUUCGACUGCCGCCGAGGGUCUAUGCAAGUGGACUAUAGCCAUUGCGAAGUACGAUAAAGUGGCAAAAAUUGUGGCUCCAAAGAAAAUUGCCUUGGCAGCUGCAGAAUCUGCAUAUCAAGUGGCUAUGUCGAAUUUGGUGAUAAAAAGAGCACAACUUCAAGAGGCUCGAGAUCGUGUCGCAAAACUCGAAGCUAUUUUGGAAUCCGAAAAGAAAAAAUUUCAGAUGCUCAGUGAUGAAGCCAAUCUGUGUUCUUUGAAAUUACAAAGAGCGCAGGAACUUAUUGGUGGAUUAGGAGGUGAAAAAACUAGAUGGAGCGCAACCGCCAAAGCACUGGGCGAAAGAUAUUUCAUGCUUACUGGUGACAUUUUGAUAAGCUCGGCAGUUGUGGCCUAUUUAGGGCCAUUUACAAUGCUCUUCCGAGUGAAUCAAAUAGAAGAAUGGGUGGCCCAGUUAACAGCUUACAAUGUAAUUUGCUCACAAGAUUUCCAACUCACAGCUGUUUUGGGGGAAGCAGUUGUUAUAAGGCAGUGGAAUAUUUACGGCUUACCGUCGGACUCGUAUAGCAUAGAUAACGGAAUUAUUAUAAAGAAUGCACGAAGAUGGGCUCUAAUGAUUGAUCCCCAAGGGCAAGCCAAUAAGUGGGUUAAAAAUAUGGAGAAAAUGUUAAAUCUAGCAAUUAUUAGGCUAAAUCAAACGGAUUACAUUAGGGUUUUAGAAAAUGCCAUACAAUUCGGACAACCAGUACUUUUAGAAAAUAUUGGAGAAGAAUUGGAUGCAAUUUUGGAGCCGGUUUUGGGACAGCAAACAUUUAAACAGGGCGGCGCCCUGUGCCUUAAAUUGGGCGAUGCGGUAAUUGAAUUUAACAAUGAUUUUCGUUUAUACAUAACUACGAAAUUGAGAAAUCCGCACUAUUUACCGGAGGUAGCUGUAAAAGUGACAUUAGUGAAUUUUAUGAUUACUACUGUGGGGCUACAAGAUCAACUUUUGGGAAUUACUGUUGCUAAAGAAAGGCCUGAUCUAGAAAGUGAAAAAAAUCAAUUGAUUAUUCAAGGCGCAGAAAAUAAAAGAUUGCUGAAGGAAAUUGAAGAUAAAAUUUUGGAAAUACUCAGUACGUCUGAAGGAAACAUCUUGGAAGAUGAAACCGCUGUGCAAAUAUUAAGUUCGUCUAAAGUUUUAUCAAAUGACAUUGCGGCCAAACAAGAAGCUGCUGAAAUCACAGAGAAGCAAAUAGAUAUAGCUCGUUUGGAGUAUACACCAAUAGCAAUACACUCAACUAUAUUAUUUUUCACUAUAGCUGAAUUGGCAAACAUCGAUCCCAUGUACCAAUAUUCACUAGUUUGGUUCAUGAAUCUGUUUCAAUCUGCAAUUGAUAAUACGGAAGUGGUGGAUGAAGUUGUCAAGCGUUUAGAGAUUUUAGAAACAUAUUUCACUUACUCGUUGUACGUAAACAUUUGUAGGAGUUUAUUUGAAAAAGAUAAACUUUUAUUCUCUUUGUUAUUAACGAUAAACCUAAAGAAGAGCAAAAACGAAAUUGAUAUAGGUGAAUGGAUGUUUUUGUUGACCGGUGGUGUUGGUUUGGAUAAUCCAAACGAAAAUCCAUCGACCUGGUUGAUUUCCAGCGGUUGGGAUGAACUGUGCAGACUUGAUGAGUUUCCUGCUUUUAAGGGAAUUCGACUUAGUUUCGCCAAACACAUGAGUGAGUGGCGUCAAUUGUUCGACGCGGUGGAACCGCAUAAUCACGAGCUACCGGAUCCCUGGAACUUUAAACUAAAUAUUUUUCAGAAAUUGUUAACUUUACGCUGUAUUAGACCUGAUAAAAUCGUCCCGGCUGUUCAGAACUUUGUUCUCUCUGAAUUGGGGAGACAAUACAUUGAACCGCCACCAUUUGAUUUGCCUUCCUCUUAUACUGAUUCUCAUUGCUGCAUUCCAUUAAUUUUUAUCUUAACACCUGGCGCCGAUCCGACUGCAGUUUUAUUAAAGUUUGCCGAUGAUCAAGGGUACGGAAUCUCCCGUUUAUUUUCUUUAUCGUUGGGACAAGGGCAAGGGCCGAUUGCAGUGCGUAUGAUUGACGACGGAGUGAAAAAUGGAAAUUGGGUCGUUCUGCAAAAUUGCCACCUGGCAAAAAGUUUUAUGCCGACGUUGGAACGGAUAUGUGAGGGAUUUUCGGUGGAUACCACUCAUCCCGAUUUUCGGCUGUGGCUUACGUCUUACCCUGCAGAGCAUUUUCCCGUUUUGGUAUUACAGAACGGCGUUAAGAUGACUAACGAACCGCCGAAAGGAUUAAGGGCGAACAUAAUUCGAUCUUAUUUGAGUGAUCCUUUAUCGAAUCCUGAGUGGUUCGAAAGCUGCAAGCAGGGUGACAAUUUUAAAAGACUUUUGUAUGGACUUUGCUUUUUCCAUGCGUUGGUGCAAGAGCGGCGAAAGUUUGGCGCUCUCGGUUGGAAUAUUCCAUACGAAUUCAAUGAGACUGAUCUCAGGAUUAGUGUUAUGCAGCUGCACAUGUUUCUAGAUGAAUAUGAUGAUGUACAAUUUGAUGCAUUGCGCUAUUUGACCGGAGAAUGUAAUUACGGCGGUAGAGUCACCGAUGAUUGGGACAGAAGGACAUUAAUAACAAUACUAAAUCAGUUUUAUUGCAAGGAAAUAGUGGAAGAUGAAAAAUACGAUUUCGAUCCGAGCGGUCAUUACUACUGCCCCAAUGAAAAGGAUUACGAGAACUUUAUCAGUUAUACCAAAUCGUUACCUCUAAUAACGCAGCCAUCAGUUUUCGGUAUGAACGAGAAUGCUGACAUUAUGAAAGACCAACAAGAAACUAAUUUGUUAUUCUCCAAUACUUUAUUAACGCAGGAUACUCAAGCUACUGGUGGAUCUACAAAAACCGCAGAUCAAGUUGUGCAGGAAGUAGCCGAGGAUAUUUUAAACAAACUACCACCGGCUUUUAGCAGAGAUAAAGUCAUGCAAAAGUACCCAACAUCGUAUUCGCAAAGCAUGAAUACAGUUUUGGUGCAAGAAAUGGGACGAUUCAAUAAUCUUUUGAAUGUGAUUAGAGUAAGUUUACAUAAUGUGAAGAAAGCCAUCAAAGGUCUGAUUGUUUUGUCCGUGGAAAUCGAGGAGGUUUUUACAAGUAUUAUGCUCGGUAAAAUACCAAAUAUGUGGGCUAAAAAAUCGUAUCCUUCAUUGAAGCCUUUGGGAAGUUACGUGAACGACUUCUUAGCGAGAUUGGCGUUUCUUCAGAAAUGGUUUGACGAAGGUCCGCCAGAAACAUAUUGGGUAUCCGGAUUUUUCUUCACGCAAGCUUUCUUAACUGGCGCUCAACAAAACUACGCAAGAAAAUAUACAAUACCCAUCGAUUUACUAGUUUUUGAUUACGAGGUGCGAAAAGAGGAUUUUUUGAAUUAUUCCCCGGACGAUGGUGUGUUCAUUUACGGUUUGUUUUUGGACGGAGCUCGUUGGAAUAAAGAGAACAUGGCUUUGGGCGAGUCUUUGCCGAAAGUAUUAUAUGACACAGUUCCAUAUAUAUGGUUAAAACCAAUGAAGAAGGUCGAUCUUGUUGCGCGCCAAACGUAUCUCUGUCCAGUUUACAAGACAUCUGAAAGGAGAGGAAUUUUAUCGACGACUGGACAUUCCACCAAUUUUGUUAUAGCCAUGACCUUACCAACGCUGCAUCCUCAAAAACAUUGGGUCAUGAGGGGAGUUGCAAUGCUUUGUCAAUUGUCUCAGUAA